AUUGCAGUUUUAUAUACAGUUUCGCAGGCCAAUUUUCGAUGUUUUUUCCCUCCGAGAGAAAUACUCGACACAUUUCACACCAUCCAUUCAUUUUGUUAGAACCAGCUCGAGAUACCAGUAUCUAGCUAACAGCAUACUCACGAAAACGUCUCUCACAGGUGAAUGUCUCACACAUUCCAUUGUCCGCAGCCAUUACUUGUCAUGAUUGCACUCACAAUCUUCCGCUAUGCGACUCUUGCGAUCGCUUUGAUUGUUGGUUUCGUGAUAUUGAAGGCAAUAUACAAUGUCUUCUUUCACCCUCUCCGAAACUUCCCUGGUCCUCUUAGGUAUAGGGCGUCACGCAUUUUCUGGGUUCUCGACCUUAUUGAGGGGCGUCAAAUAUACACAAUUGACCAAUUCCACAAGCGGUACGGGCCCGUUGUGAGAACUGCCCCCGAUGAGCUUUCCUUCACCAUCCCGGAAGCCUGGAGAGAUAUUUAUGGCCACCGUGUUGGUCUUGUAUCCGGCCUUCCAGAGAUCCCUAAAUGGCCGUUGUUUUACAAAUUUACCAAGCAGGAUGUUUCUAUAUUCAACGCUCCCCAGGGUCAACACGGUACUCUCCGACGAGCUCUAGCUCACGGGUUUUCUGAGAAGAGUACCCGGGCGCAAGAAAGCAUAAUUGGCGGAUACGUCGACCUACUAGUAACGCGGCUCAAGGAGGUUGCAGAUAGCAAAGCACCCGCCAAUAUGGUUCAGUGGUACAACUAUACGACAUUUGACAUUGUCGGCGACUUAGUCUUUGGUAAUUCUUUCCACUGCCUGGACAACGCCAACUAUCAUCCAUGGGUCUCUCUUUUUGCCGAUUCAACAAGACAGAACUCUAUUUUUGUAGGCUUGAAGAUAUUGGGGCUUGAUUUCCUCGCUUUGGCAACUAUGCCCCUCGUCAUCAGGAACAUGAUCAAACACUUCAACCUGACGAAAGAGUGGCUACGAGAGCGGAGAAAGCUAGGUACCGACAGAGGUGACUUGAUUGAAGGGCUGUUGAAGAAGGAGGGAGAAGGAAUCAAUUUUGAUGAGAUCCACGGGACAUCCAUGGGCCUCAUCUUCGCCGGAUCCGAAACGACUGCGACACUAUUGAGUGGUGUUACCUACUUGCUGCUACAGAACCCUAAGACACUAGCCAAGGUCACAAUGGAAGUGCGAUCAUCAUUCAAGUCUGACAAGGAAAUCACGCUCCUCUCAGUCCAAAAUCUCGACUACAUGCUGGCCUGCCUUGACGAGGCGUUCCGGCUAUAUCCCCCCGUUGGCAUCGGUCUGCCUCGACAGAUUCCCAAAGGCGGAGUUAAAAUCGCCGGCAUCUAUGUUCCAGAAGGCUCCAUCGUAGAUGUACCGCAGUAUGCCAUCCACCGUAGCCCCGACCAUUGGACAGAACCAGAGAGCUUCCAUCCCGAGAGGUUCCUCGGGGACUCUCGUUUUGCCAGUGACAAAGUUGAGACGCUACAGCCCUUUGCUGUCGGACCUCGAAACUGCAUCGGGAGAAAGUUAGUGGACCAACCUAUUCUUAAACACACCGAGUCUAUCAAUUAACCAGUUUGCCCCUCUUCUAGUCUUGCCUACGCAGAAAUGAGGCUCAUUCUCGCCCGUGUGCUUUAUAACUUUGACUUGAAAAUGGACCCCAGCUGCUCAGGAUGGUUAGAUGGUCAGAAAUCUCACGCACUCUGGGUAAAGCCACCGCUGAAGGUUCAAUUGACUCCCACAAAGGCUACAUCAUAAUUUAUUGGAAACCAAGCUGCUACCAGAUAGUAGUUAAUUCAUCUUGACGUUUUUUAUUUAUGCAAUGCAAUGCUCUUCUCGAGCUGUACCUAUUUGAUUGGGAGGGUCUUUGAUAGACAAGAAGUAGAGUCACUAGUCUCACAUUGACCAUGCUUAUUUCAUUGAU